AUGUUUUUUUUGCCUGACACGUACAUAUAUUUAAUAUUGGUUUUCUUAUUCCAGAAAGAUCCGGAUUAUCUGAAGCUAUGGUUGGACAAUUUUGUUUCUAGCUAUGAACAAUUCUUAGAUGUUGACUUUGAAAAGCUGCCUACCAGGGUAGAUGAUGUGCCUCCAGGAAUAUCUCUACUUCCUGAUAAUAUUCUGCAGGUUCUAAGGAUCCAGCUACUACAGUGUGUUCAGAAAAUGGCAGAUGGGUUAGAGGAACAGCAACAAACUUUGUCAGUUUUGCUCGUCAAGUUCUUCAUUAUUCUUUGCAGAAAUCUGUCUAAUGUGGAAGAAAUUGGGACUUGCUCUUACAUUAAUCAUGUCAUCACUAUGACAACACUCUACAUUCAGCAAUUAAAAAGCAAAAAAAAAGAGAAGGAAUUGGCAGAUCAGACAUCUAUUGAAGAAUUUGUAAUCCAUGCAUUGGCAUUUUGUGAAAGUUUAUAUGAUCCAUAUCGGAAUUGGAGGCAUAGAAUUUCAGGACGAAUCCUUAGUACUGUGGAAAAGAGCAGACAGAAAUACAAACCAGCUUCUCUCACAGUGGAGUUUGUCCCUUUCUUUUAUCAGUGUUUUCAGGAAAGCGAACAUCUCAAGGAAAGUCUUAAGUGUUGCUUAUUGCAUCUCUUUGGAGCCAUUGUAGCCGGUGGGCAGAGGAAUGCUUUGCAAGCAAUUUCUCCAGCUACCAUGGAAGUUCUUAUGAGAGUUUUGGCAGACUGUGAUUCCUGGGAGGAUGGAGAUCCUGAAGAAGUGGGUAGGAAGGUAGAACUUACUUUGAAGUGCCUUACAGAAGUGGUACAUAUCCUUCUCACUAGCAGCUCUGACCAGCGUCAAGUGGAAACCAGCACUCUUUUGGAGAACUAUUUUAAAUUGCUAAAUUCAGAUCAUUCAGCUUUACCUAAUCAAAGGAGGUCGAGACAGUGGGAAAGCCGAUUCAUAGCUCUACAGAUAAAAAUGUUGAAUACCAUCACAGCCAUGUUAGACUGCACUGAUAGGCCUGUUCUUCAGGCCAUUUUUCUUAACAGUAAUUGCUUUGAACAUCUCAUACGACUGCUACAGAAUUGCAAGGUGUUUCAGGGGCAAUUGGAUUGUUUGGCUAUAUCGACCAUUAAGGCUUUGACAGCAGUAAUGAAUAAAUCUCCAGCUGCUAAGGAAGUAUUUAAAGAAAGAAUUGGUUAUACACAUAUGUUUGAGGUUUUAAAAUCCCUGGGUCAGCCACCGCUAGAACUACUUAAAGAACUCAUGAAUAUGGCUGUAGAAGGUGACCACACUUCAGUUGGGAUUUUGGGCAUUAGUAAUGUCCAGCCUCUCUUGCUUCUUAUCCAGUGGCUUCCAGAGCUAGAAUCCCAUGAUCUGCAAAUCUUCAUUUCUGAUUGGCUGAAAAGAAUUUGUUGUAUUAAUAGGCAGAGUCGAACUACUUGUGUCAAUGCAAACAUGGGAAUUCACAUCAUUGAAACCCUUGGUUCCCAUUCUUCCCUCCAUCGAACUUGUGCUGAGAACUUGAUUGCACUUCAUGGUUCCUUGGGGAGUCAGUCAGUGAGCUCAGAAGAAAUACGUCAGCUGCUAAGAUUGCUGAGAGUGGAUGAAUCUGAGUAUAUUCACCCUUAUACUACUCCUGUGACUCGAGCAAUUCUGACAAUGGCCCGAAAACAAAGUCUAGAAAGCGCACUGCAGUAUUUUAAUUUGUCACAUAGUAUGGCAGGAAUCUCUGUGCCUUCCAUACAGAAAUGGCCAGGGUCUGCCUUUUCUUUCAAUGCUUGGUUUUGCUUAGAUCAGGAUCAGUUGACUCUUGGCAAUGCUAACAAAGGAGGAAAAAGAAAACAAUUGUACAGCUUUUUUACAGGAAGUGGCAUGGGUUUUGAAGCUUUUAUUACCCAUUCAGGUAUGCUGGUUGUUGCAGUGUGCACAAAAAGAGAAUAUGCUGCAGUUAUGCUUCCUGACCACAGUUUCUGUGAUUCCCUCUGGCACAACAUAACCAUUGUUCACAUGCCUGGAAAAAGACCCUUUGGUCAGAGCUUUGUCUAUAUCUAUGACAACGGACAGCAGAAGGUCUCUGCCCCUCUCAGAUUUCCUGCCAUGAAUGAACCUUUUAUUUCCUGCUGCAUUGGUUCAGCUGGGCAAAGAACCACCACUCCUCCACCAUCCCAAAUCCCAGAUCCACCUUUUUCUUCCCCCAUUAUCCCUCAUCGGACAUCAUUUGGUGGAAUUCUGUCAUCAGCCUCCUGGGGAGGAACACUUGAAAAAUCAAAAUUGAUUACCAAAUUGAUAUCAGCUGGAACUCAAGAUAGUGAAUGGGGAUGUCCCACAUCUCUGGAGGGCCAGCUAGGGUCUGUUAUCAUAUUUUAUGAAGGACUACAGCCUCCUCAGGUGAAGGCAUUGUAUUUAGCAGGUCCAAACUGUUUAAGCCCUUGGAAAUUUCAAGAGUCUGACAUGGCUGACCUGUCUGGUAACAUCCUUCUUCACUAUACUGCAAAGGCUUGCAAAAAUUCAAUCUGUCUUGAUUUAUCUACUAAUUGUUUGCAUGGAAGAUUAACAGGAAACAAAGUAGUGAACUGGGACAUUAAGGACAUCAUAAAUUGUAUAGGUGGAUUAAAUGUACUGUUUCCUCUGUUGGAACAAAUCAGCCACUUUGGUGAAGGACAGAUUUCUGAAGGAAUGAAUGAAAGUACAGUUUCUGAAUUGGUAACACCUGUAGAAGGAGAUUGGGUGGUAUUGACCUCCACAAAGGCUUCAGAGUCAAGAUUAGAGAGAAAUCUAAUUGCAACAUUUAUCUUGAUUGUGAAACACUUUAUUCAAAGACAUCCCAUCAACCAGGACAAUCUUAUUCACUCCCAUGGAGUUGCCACUCUUGGUGCCUUACUUCAGAAGGUGCCAAGUGCCUUGAUGGAUGUUAAUGUAUUGAUGGCAAUUCAGUUACUAAUUGAACAGGUAUCAUUAGAGAAAAAUAUGCAGCUCCUGCAACAAAUGUAUCAGUAUUUACUCUUUGACUUUCGUAUUUGGAACCGUGGAGAUUUUCCCUUCCGAAUUGGUCAUAUACAGUAUCUUUCCACCAUCAUCAAAGACAGCAGGAGAGUUUUCCGAAAGAAGUACGGUGUGCAGUUUCUCCUAGAUACACUUAGGAUUUAUUAUGGGAGUGAUUGUAAAUACAGUGAGCUGUCUGUAGAUGACAUUCGAACAAUAAGGACUUCUUUGUAUGGACUAAUUAAAUAUUUUCUGUGCAAAGGUGGAACUCAUGAAGAGAUACAAAGUAUUAUGGGUUACAUAGCUGCUAUCAAUGAAGAAGAACAGCUCUUUGGAAUUUUGGAUAUGCUCUUCAGUCUCCUGCGUACCAGCCCAACUAGAGGUCAGCUUUUCUUACUGCUGUUUGAACCAGGAAAUGCUGACAUACUUUAUGCCUUGCUCUUAAAUCAGAAGUACUCUGACAGACUAAGAGAAAUCAUUUUUAAGGUUAUGGAACAAAUGUUGAAAUGCACGAAUGUUUAUGAACGAAGUAAACAGCGCAUUCGGCUCAGAGAAGUUGGCUAUUCAGGAUUGGGACUUCUUCUUAAUGAAGCACCCGUUAAUGCCAAUCUCAUUAAAAGCCUCACCAAUCAAAUUAUAAAUACAGAUCCUGCUAUUAAUUUCAAAGAUCUGUUGUCCAUGGUAUAUAUAUCUCACAGGACACAUAUAAAUGUCAGGGUGGUUAUCUGCAGAAAGAUUUUACAGAUUUUGCAGUCCCAGCCAGAUGCAGCACAUCAAAUAUCUCAACAAGUGGGUUGGCAAGACACUUUGGUUAGGCUCUUUUUAAAAACAAAUUUUGAAAAUGGAAAUACUCUUCAUAAGCACAGUAGAGCUCUUUCAAUGAAAGACAAUGAUAAAAAUGUGGUAGGUGAAGAUCUUAAGAGGAACUUCGACGAAAAGACUGAUGAGGAAAAAAUCAACUCUUUUGGCUCAGCUAAUGUGUCUUCCGAUCAGUGGAGUUUAGAGGAUAGACACUCUCUAGACUCAAACACACCAUUAUUUCAAGAAGAUAGUUCUGUGGGAGAAUUAACUUUCAAAUCAGAGAAUCAAGAAGAAUUCUGGAAUAAUAAUCCUUCACAUUUGAGUUUAGAUUUCAGUGGAAUAGACUCGUGUGAACUGAGCGACAGUGGAAGUCACAUGCCAGACAGCUUGCCUAGUACACCAUCCCCAAUAGAAUCUACUAAAUCAUUUUCUGUGCCAUCUGACAAAGAGAGCAGCAUCACAAAUGAUAUGGGGUUUAGUGAUGACUUGUCGUUACUUGAAAGCCAAGAGAGAUGUGAGGAGGAGCUUCUUCAAUUACUGACAAAUAUUUUGAACUAUGUAAUGUGUAAGGGACUAGAAAAGUCAGACAAUAAUACUUGGAUUGAACGAGGACAAGUGUUUUCAGCACUAACUAAACCAGGAAUAUCCAGUGAACUACUUCGACCAUCAGAUGAAAUAAAAUUAAUUUUGCUACAGAAGAUGUUAGAAUGGGCAGUCAUGGAAAACAGAGAAUCAAACACGAAUCCAGUAACUGCUGAAAAUGCCUUGCGGCUCAUCCUGAUCAUACAGGACUUUCUGCAGUCAGAGGGGCUUGUUAAUUCAAACAUGUGGACUGAAAAGCUUUUAGAGGAUCUGAUGCUGCUCUUCGAUGGUCUGUCAGUUUGGUAUUCUGAAAGUUCAGUAUUGGCACAACUUUCUCAAGUUCAAAUCCAGUUACUUCUAGGAUUCAUUGGAAUGGGUAAUGUGCAGGUUUGUGCAAUGGCAUCAGCUAAGCUAAACACCCUUCUUCAGACCAAAGUGAUUGAAAAUCAGGAUGAAGCAUGUUACAUUUUAGGGAAGCUGGAACAUGUUCUAAGUCAGUCAAUCAAGGAACAGACUGAAAUCUACUCAUUUCUGAUUCCCCUUAUCCGUACCCUGGUUUCCAAAAUUUAUGAGCUUCUCUUCAUGAACUUGCACCUGCCUUCUUUACCUUUUACCAAUGGUAGUUCUUCAUUUUUUGAAGAUUUUCAAGAAUAUUGCAGUUCAAAUGAAUGGCAAGUUUACAUUGAAAAAUAUAUUGUGCCUUACAUGAAGCAAUAUGAAACCCUUACAUUUUAUGGUGGUCAUGAGAACAUGGCACUUUAUUGGAAGGAUUGUUAUGAAGCCUUAAUGGUGAAUAUGCAUAAACGAGACCGGGAAGGAGGAGAAAGCAAGCUUAAGUUUCAGGAGUUUUUUGUGGAGCCAUUUAAUCGAAAAGCACGCCAAGAGAACUUGAGGUAUAAUAAUAUGCUUAAACAACUUAGCAGUCAACAGUUAGUCACUCUGAGACGCUGGAAGGCAAUACAGCUCUAUCUUACAUCUGAAAGGGGACCUUGGGCUGAAAGGAAACAAAAUCCAGUUCACUGGAAACUAGCUAAUGUAGAAAAUUAUUCCCGCAUGAGACUUAAAUUGGUGCCAAAUUAUAACUUCAAAACUCAUGAAGACGCUAGUGCUUUGAGAGAUAAUCUAGGUAUCCAACACUCACAGCCUUCUAGUGAUUCAUUGCUUUUGGAAGUAGUGAAACAAGUAAAAGUUAGCAAUAUGGAAGAGGAUAAAUUAGACCUUCCUGAAGAAGACAUAACAGCCAGAGUAAAUAUUGAUGAAAAAGAAGAACAGGAUCAAAAAGAAAAAUUGGUGUUGUCAGAAGACUGUGAGCUCAUUACAAUAAUUGACGUAAUUCCUGGCAGAUUAGAAAUUACUACUCAACACAUUUACUUCUAUGAUUGCAGCAUUGAAAAAGAAGAUGGAGUAGGCUUUGAUUUCAAGUGGCCUCAUUCUCAGAUUCGAGAGAUUCACCUGCGGCGUUACAAUUUAAGGAGGUCCGCCCUUGAGAUUUUUCAUGUUGACCAAUCCAACUACUUUCUCAAUUUCAAAAAGGAGGUUAGAAACAAAGUAUAUAGCAGACUAUUGUCACUUCAUUCUCCAAAUAGUUACGGAACCAGAUCACCACAGGAAUUGUUCAAAGCAUCAGGAUUGACACAGAAAUGGGUGAACAGAGAGAUAACAAAUUUUGACUACCUCAUUCAAAUAAAUACAAUGGCAGGACGAACAUAUAAUGACCUUGCACAGUAUCCAGUGUUUCCCUGGAUUUUACAAGAUUAUACCUCGGAAGAGUUGGACCUUAAUAAUCCAUCUGUAUUUCGAGAUCUUUCCAAACCAAUUGGAGUAGUUAAUGAUAAAAAUGCCAAAGCCAUGCGAGAAAAAUAUGAAAAUUUUGAGGAUCCUAUGGGAACUAUUGAUAAAUUUCAUUAUGGUACUCACUAUUCAAAUUCUGCUGGGGUUAUGCACUAUCUUAUUCGCACAGAACCAUUCACCACCCUUCAUAUCCAGCUUCAGAGUGGAAGGUUUGACUGUGCAGAUCGACAAUUCCAUUCCAUCCCUGCCACUUGGCAGGCUCUCAUGGACAAUCCAUAUGAUGUGAAAGAACUUAUUCCUGAAUUCUUCUAUUUCCCAGAGUUUUUGGAAAAUCAAAAUCAAUUUAACUUGGGUUGUCUACAAGUUUCCAAAGAUGUAGUAAAUGAUGUCAUUCUCCCCAAAUGGGCUAAGUCAGCUGAAGAUUUCAUCUAUAAACACAGGAAAGCUCUGGAGUCUGAAUAUGUUUCUGCUCAUCUUCAUGAAUGGAUAGAUCUGAUUUUUGGCUAUAAACAGAGGGGUCCAGCUGCAGUGGAAGCACUCAAUGUUUUUUAUUACUGUAGUUAUGAAGGAGCUGUGGAUCUAGAUGCCUUAACAGAUGAAAAGGAAAGAAAAGCCUUAGAAGGGAUGAUUAAUAAUUUUGGGCAAACACCUUGUCAACUGUUAAAGGAACCACAUCCUCCUAGAUUGUCAGCAGAGGAAGCAGUGCAGAAGCAGGCCAAAACAGACACUUCAACCCUGAACCUAUUUCAGCACCUCUCCGAACUCAAGUCAUUUUUUAUAGAGGGAAUUAGUGAUGGUAUUCCACUAAUAAAGGCCAUUGUCCCCAAAAAUCAGUCUCGCUCUUUUAUGUCUCAAGGCAGUCCUGAGUUACUGAUAACAGUAAGCAUGAAUUAUGUUGUUGGAACCCAUGGAUGGUUGCCUUAUGACAGAAACAUUUCUAAUUACUUUACAUUCAUCAAAGAUCAAACUGUGACAAAUCCAAAAACUCAGCGUAGUAUGAAUGGUCCUUUUGCUCCAGGGCUGGAAAUAACUUCUAAGCUAUUCAUAGUAUCACAUGAUGCAAAGUUGCUUUUCAGUGCUGGACACUGGGAUAAUAGCAUUCAAGUGAUGUCACUUACAAAAGGCAAAACUGUCUCACACAAUAUUAGACACAUGGAUAUUGUUACUUGUUUAGCUACAGAUUAUUGUGGAAUACAUUUGAUUUCUGGUUCGAGAGACACUACAUGUAUGAUAUGGCAAAUAAUACAACAGGGAGGUGUUCCCGUGGGCUUAGCAUCGAAACCCUUUCAGAUUCUGUAUGGACACACUGAUGAGGUAUUGAGUGUUGGCAUCAGCACUGAACUUGACAUGGCAGUGUCAGGAUCAAGGGAUGGCACUGUGAUUGUACAUACCAUUCAGAAAGGUCAGUACAUGAGGACUUUACGACCACCUUGCGAGAGUUCUCUACUCCUCACUGUUCCUAAUUUGGCGAUAUCUUGGGAAGGACAUAUUGUCAUCUAUUCCAGCAUUGAAGAAAAGACCAAUCUCAAGGAUAAGAGUGCACUACAUCUGUUUUCUGUAAAUGGCAAGUAUUUAGGGUCUCAAGUCCUGACAGAACAAAUAUCAGAUCUGUGUAUCACUGGAGAACACAUUAUCACGGGCAGUUUACAAGGUUUCCUGUCCAUAAGAGAUCUCCACAGUUUGAAUCUCAGCAUGAAUCCAUUAGCCAUGCGGAUGCCUAUCCACUGUGUUUGUGUAACCAAAGAAUACAGCCAUAUUCUUGUAGGAUUAGAAGAUGGCAAAUUGAUUGUAGUGGGUGUUGGCAAGCCAGCUGAGAUGCGUUCAGGUCAGCUUUCUCGAAAAUUGUGGGGAUCUAGCAAGCGGCUCAGCCAGAUUUCAGCUGGAGAAACUGAAUAUAAUACUCAAGAUUCCAAGUGA